AAGGGAAAAACGAAAUAGGCGCCUUGCAGUCUACAUUAUAUUUAAAAUACAGUUUUUCUGAAAUGCAAAGGCAAUAUAGCCCUCUCCGCUUUUUCUUUCUCUAUGGUUUUACUUUGUAGAGGUAGUUGUCUAAUAUUUCCCUUGAAUGGGGUGCUGACAUCAUUACACGCCAUGGACUAGGCGGCAUCUCCAGCAUUGACAUUUGACAACUUUGCAACUCUACAAUACCUUAUACACUAAUAUUAACUGUUUUCAAGCUGGCGAACUACUUUUGGAAACGUUCGGAGCCGUCUACUUCCACCACCCCCUCUCAGCCAUCGCCGCCGCCCAAAAUGUCUAAACCAUCUGCGCAACCUCGCCUCACGCCACAAUUCUGCUUCAACCAAACCGCACUGCGAGACUUCCUUCGCAUAUCACGCGGCGCAAUCGACGACUCCAUAGCACAGAACCUCAACGCCCUCCUCACACCAGCACAACGCGGCUUCGAUCCUACUUCUACAAGCACACGACAGCUGCCGUCGCCCGAUCACGGUCGGUCGCUACAGCCAGAGCAAUGUGAGGGGUUCAAAGAGAAGGUGCUGUUUCCAAGCUGGGCAGUGCGAUCAGACGUCUUAGACUACUGCGCGGGUGUCGCGACAUCACCAGACCCAGACGACCCAGAUAGUGUACUACGGCAGAUUGAAGACGCCAAAGCGAGAGAGAGGACUGUAGAUGAGCGGUUAGAUCCAUACUCGGGACGCUACUUCCCACAGGAGGCGAGGACAGAAAGCUUGGCUAUGCUCAUGCGCAAUGAGAGGGCAGUGGAGAAGAUCAUACGGAUGAGGACGUGGAGUAUGCUGGGUGAACGGUGUGGCAUGACGAGCGAGUCUGCUGAGGUGGCGUUUGACAAAUGGAGGGAUACACAACGGCGAUGAGGUGGGCUUGUGUAGACGAUGCAUAGAUUCAUACAUAGUGUGAUGGAGCAUACAAUCUCUUCUCUUCGCAUAUCGAGACGCAGCCACAAGGACU